UUUCCUUCUGUAAAUGUUAUUCCAUUUUCAUUGACAUUUGAACGCAGUUAAAUCGAGCGUUCCUACAUAAGUGGUGAUCGGCGGGUCUAAUAGAUACUGCCUGCAUAACGAGGCUUAUUGCCAACUCGGUGAGCUGACGAGUUGUCAGUCAGCUGAUAUUUGGCCAACUUCGUUUGUCUGUUCGAUAGUGAUUUAAGUAAGAUGUAUCGGGAUGCUUGCCGACGAGAAUUACACGUUGGAGCAAUCACGCGAAAAAGUACUUAAUGAAUCGAACGACGUGAAGCUGAUCGAGACGGAAGAGAUUCGACGGAAUUUUAGAUGGAAAACCAUUUUGUGGCUGCCAUUUUAUCACGUCCGUUUUGCAUUUGUUUGUAUCGUGUACGGUUUUGGACUGUCUGCUGUACGGAUGAAAUGGUUGACCGUUUUUUGGAAUAUGACGGAGCGCUGUUCUAUAUAUUUUGCAUCAUAAUUCCGGUGGCAGUACCUGUUAUAUUAUGGGGUGAAACGAUGCUACAUGCGAUUUUGGCUCAAUGCUUCAUACGCUAUGAGCUCGUCCUUAAUUCUACAUGGAGCAUCAACAGUGCGGCACAUCUUUGGGGUUAUCGCCCGUACAACAGGGUGAUCAAUCCUGCAGAAAACAUCAUGUUAUCUUUGGUAACACACGGUGAAGGCUUUCACAACUAUCACCACACGUUCCCCUGGGACUACAAGGCUUCUGAAUUGCCGUACUCGCCAUUCAUUUUGACAGGAUUAUUCAUUUAUUUAUUUUCAAAAAUUGGAUGGUCGUAUGAUCUGCGAGAGCCAUCCCCUGCCUUCGUGCAAAAAGUUAUGCAAGAAAUUCGUGACAACUCUAACUUGUCAUCAAAGAUUUAUCAACACGGUUAUAACCCAGUCAUUGUCACAAAUACAUCAUAAACAACGGAAACGUUCUGGUUUUUCAAUAAAGUACACGACGCUUUUGAACUCGACAAUUCAAUCACCCCUAUUUCAUACGAGUAUACAAAUUCCGAGACGUUAAAACUUCUUUCCUCCUUUGUCCUAACUAUUGCGAUGUGCAUUGUUAUUCAGCGUUGGAUAAUCCCUUCGUGCAAGCAAUGGCGAAUCCAUUUUCUUUGUAGUACAUAUACACCGUAUGCCCUACUUGACCCCUCGCUGAAUUCUUCUCAUUCGAUAUAGUUAUCGCAUCGUAGACAGGUCUGCCCGGUGUCCUGUCCUGUUUGGAAGUUGUGAACCCUGGGUUUGAUUGAAUCGUUGUUUUUUAUACAAACUUUCCGUCCUCGAAUUAUCAGUGCCCUUUUCAACCUCGGCUAAUUACCUUUCAUUAUAUUCAUUUCAUUACCCGAAAUCUCACUGGCGUCGUAUUUGGCAUUGGUGAAUUUAUAAAGUACAUCAAUUUUCCCUUCAUUAAAUCUAUUAACCAAAUUCUCUACCACUUGAUGCUUUUACAGCAGGUGUUGAACGAAACGGUAAUAGAUCGAGGUCAUCGUCAAACGUCAUCAGCCGCGAUAAUGGAAGUAAUAAUAGGCAUAAUAGAUUUAGAAUGACUUGUACACUAGGAGAAAAGUUUCUUUGGAUUGAAUAACAUCUCUCAAAAGUUAACGAAUUUUAGCAUUGAUUUACAGUUGACCAUAUUCUUAUUUAAUUUAAAAAUAAUAUCUUGUCUACCCUCCUUCUUAUAACAUAAAUAAAUUACUUUUUUGUUCCGUGAAUGCGAUCAACGACUAUAUGCAUUGCAACAAGGUAUUUGUUUCGUUAGGACGAUCUAGUUCGUUGAAUCUAGAGGACGUUUGUUAAAUCAAAUUAAUUCACGUGAAAAUUGUUUUUUGGAAUUUUGUCACAUCAAACAAAACCUUCUCUACUUUGAACAUAUUUUCACGUCAGAUUGAUCAAGGGGA